AUGUCGCAAAAGAUCCGUAAUCGAGCCACCACCGUUUCAAUACUGAGGCCCAAACUUGUUUGGUGCCUUCACUGCUUCCGUACGAGUAUCAAGAGUUUUGAGUCUGCGGCAGGGGUUCCUUUUGAGAUCGAGUGCGAGCUCGAUGCCAAAAAGUCAAUCCUUUGCCGUCAAUGUUCUGCUCGUAAUGCUCUUUGCUUGAGCACUGCCGUGGGCAUGCUUGGCAAUGCCGCUGACCUAUCCGCAAUUAUCGAAUGGUAUGUCGGGUUUUGGGAAGUUGAUGAAGAUGGUGUGGAGGUCUGGGCCGGCGAGGUCAUUCCCGGCAUCAACGAGGCUAUAAGGACCUUGUGUCUGGCCUUUGAUAAUGUUGAGAUAGCCCACCGAAAAGCCCAUGGUAUAACGGGUAAUAAGCGGGAUCAAUCAGCACGAAAGACCGAGUACGAGUUGUUCUGCGCUGCUCGCCGUCGCGAGCUCGCGCAUGUACUUCCACCGGCUCGGGAUGCUUCGAAAGACGAUUGGCACUUUUAUCGUGUCCAAAAGUUGUUGCGCUUGCUUCCUGGAGACGAUGAACUAUCCAAACCUGGGGCAACGGUGCAACGCAUCCAUGCAUUUGGAGGUGCUGAGAAGUGUAUUCGGCGCCAUUUUUAUCAACUGUCAAGAUACCGCCAAGAGCUCCUAUCAAACGGCUGUCUCUCUAUAGCCUCUAUCAUGCUUCAGUGCAUAUAUCCUAUGCUUCUUUCCUGCUAG